GCUUGAAGGACACUUGUCCCGUCGAAUGAAAAAAAAGAGAUUGAGUGAGGAGGCGGAGCUUCGUGGUUGCCCCUCCCCUCAGCUUUGCCGGUCAGUCAGGUGGCUCAGAAUGCACGGCUGGUGUCUCAGCCUGUGGAGAAGGCGGCGGCGGCGGCUGAGCGCGAUGUGGCUGAGGCCGGGCUGGCCGGCAGCCCCGCCGCACAGGCUCCGGAAUGGCCCUGGCCGUGGCGGCGUUCUCCUCUUCGACGCCUCCUCAGAGACCUACCUGCCGGCGGCAGCCGUAUGAGCGCUAGGCGGCUCCUCCCGUGGGCAGUGCCUCCCCGCUUUAUGGAGGAGCCGUUGCCCCUUUUGCCUCUUCUCCUUCCUCCUCCUCCUCUCCUCCUCCCCUCAUGGAGCCUUUCGGAGCCCGCAGCCCGCGCCGCCCCCUUCAACCGCCGCCGGGAGAAGACGAGGCUGAGGAGGAGGCGGCGGCGGCGGCGAGAAGCCCUGACUGGGGAAAGGCGGGACCCGCGGCGGCGGUGGCGGCGGCCUCCGAUGAUGGCGGCGGCGGCGGGGCCGGCCUUUGGACCGCCGUCUUCGAGUACGAGGCGUGCGGCGAGGACGAGCUGAGCCUGCGCCCGGGCGACGUCGUGCAGGUGCUCUCGCAGGACUCGCGGGUGUCCGGCGACGAAGGAUGGUGGACGGGCCAGAUCGCCCAGCGCGUCGGCAUCUUCCCCAGUAACUACGUGACCACCAGCGAGAGCAGCCGCCGCCGCCUCUGCCUCCGCCGAGGAAGCGCCGGGGAGAUCCGGUCCCCCUUCCCGCAGACCCCGGCCAUACAGCUAUUGGAGAUUAAUUUUUCAGAGCUGGUUCUGGAGGAAAUAAUUGGCAUAGGAGGCUUUGGGAAGGUCUAUCGUGCACUGUGGCUUGGAGAGGAAGUUGCUGUCAAGGCAGCCCGCUAUGAUCCAGAUGAAGACAUCACUGAGACUGUUGAGAAUGUCCAUCAAGAAGCCAAGCUUUUUGCUAUGUUAAAACAUCCUAACAUAAUUGCCCUUAAAGGUGUAUGUCUGAAGGAACCUAAUCUUUGCUUAAUUAUGGAGUUUGCCCGUGGUGGGUCACUAAAUAGAGUAUUGUCUGGUAAAAGGAUCCCACCAGACAUACUGGUGAAUUGGGCUGUCCAGAUCGCUGGAGGAAUGAACUACCUGCAUAAUGAAGCAAUUGUUCCUAUUAUCCACCGGGAUCUGAAGUCCAGCAACAUAUUGAUACUUGAGAAGGUGGAAAAUGGGGAUCUGAAUAAUAAGAACUUGAAGAUUACAGAUUUUGGCUUGGCCAGAGAAUGGCAUAAAACAACCAAAAUGAGUGCAGCUGGGACAUACGCUUGGAUGGCUCCUGAGGUUAUCCGAUCAUCCAUGUUCUCUAAAGGAAGUGAUGUAUGGAGCUAUGGUGUUUUGCUUUGGGAACUUUUAACUGGGGAAGUACCAUUUCGAGGAAUUGAUGGCCUAGCAGUAGCAUAUGGUGUUGCCAUGAAUAAACUCGCUCUUCCUAUUCCUUCAACCUGCCCAGAACCUUUUGCCCGUCUGAUGGAAGAUUGCUGGAAUGCUGACCCUCAUUCAAGACCAUCUUUUGCAAAUAUUUUGAACCAUCUAACCAACAUAGAGGAGUCUGGUUUCUUUGAAAUGCCUGAGGAUUCGUUCCAUUCCCUGCAAGACGAUUGGAAAGUUGAGAUCCAGGAAAUGUUUGAUCAACUCAGAGCCAAAGAAAAGGAGUUGCAGACAUGGGAAGAAGAAUUAACACGGGCAGCAGUUCAGCAGAAGAACCAUGAGGAGUUGUUGCGGAGGCGUGAGCAGGAACUAGCAGAACGGGAGAUUGAUAUCUUAGAGAGAGAACUCAACAUAAUCAUCCACCAACUGUGUCAGGAGAAGCCCCGUGUGAAAAAACGAAUGGGCAAGUUCAGGAGAAACCGUCUCAAGUUAAAAGAUGGCAAUCGCAUCAGUCUCCCUUCUGAUUUCCAACAUAAGUUCACCGUGCAAGCAUCUCCCACCAUGGAUAAAAGGAAAAGUUUGAUCAGUAGCUCUUUCAGCCCUCCUGCCAGCCCUACCAUUAUUCCCAGGCUCAGAGCCAUACAGUUAACACCCGGUGAAAGCUGCAAAACAUGGGGACAGAAUUCUGUAUCCCAGAAAGAGGAGGAAGGAGAAGAGAGAAGAGGCCAAAAGAAGAAAGGUCGCACAUGGGGCCCAAGCUCGCUUUGUCAAAAAGAGCUAAUAGCAUGCGAGGAUGGUUUAAAGUCUCUGGUAGAAGGAUCCAGACAGUGGUCAUCCAGUGUGCCAAACCUAGGAAAAGUUCAGAGAACAAUAAUUCCUUUUCUGGGAUUUACAAGCCUAGCAGAGAUGGAAAAUGAAGACUGUGAUUCCUUGCAAAAUGGAGAAAGCAAGAUGCUACAUUCCCCUGGAUCUAACCAAUCAUAUCUCUGCAUCCCAUUUCAGAAGAAUGAGGACUGGGAUGGUCAGUCAAGUGAUGCCAAUGAGGAGAUCACUCCUAUUAACUCUGCCACAAGCACCCCUCAGCUCACCCCCACCAACAGCCUAAAGCAUGGCAGCUCCCAGCACAAAAGGUGUGAGCUUGCCCUUCUUGGCUGUGGAUCUGUGCUUGCUGCUGCUGGCCUAGGCUUUGACCUCUUGGAGGCUGGCAAAUGUCAGCUGUUAACCCAGGAUGAACAAGAAGCUCCCAAGGAAGAGAAGAAGAAACGUGAAAGUAUCUUCCAAAGGGCUGGGCGCUCCUAUCGGAGUACCAGUCCACCUUCAAGGAAGCUUUUCAAGAAAGAAGAGCCCAUAUUUUUACUGGGCGAGCCAUCUAAUUCUCUUACACUGCUCUCCUUAUCUUCCAUUUCUGAAUGUAACUCCACACGAUCCCUCCUGCACUCAGACAGUGAUGAAAUUGUGGUAUAUGAGAUGCCUGUCAGCCCUGUGACAGUGAAAGCUCCUUUGCAAGUAGUUAGUAACCCUCUGGUUAAUAUCCACAUAGAAAGAUUCAAGCAGGAUCCCAACCAGUCUUUGACUCCCACACAUGUAACUGUUUCAUCUGAAGUCCAGCAAAGGCGGCACAGGCGCACCCCUUCUGAAGGUACCAUAAAAGUGGCUGGUCUGCUUGCCAGUGGAUGUUCUCCUAAUAAUUCUCCAACAGGAGCAGGAGUAUUAAAAACCCCCAGUCCAAGUAAGGGUGCAAAUGAAGUCCCUCGACUGCCAGACCCCAACCUCAUCUUUCCUCCAACCCCCAGGCGUUAUAAUGCUCAACAAGACUCUAUGCUGGAGAGACCCAAGACCUUGGAAUUCCUACCUAGGCCACGCCCUUCAGCUAGUAGGCAACGGGCUGACCCCUGGUGGUUUGUAUCCCCCAGUAAUGCCAGGGGUGAAUCCUCUGCUAAUAGCUCAAGUACUGAAACUCCCAAUAACCAGGACUCCUGCUUUAUCAGCAGUAGCAGCACUGUUGAAGAGAGGCCUGGACUACUUUCUUUCCAUGUCAGACUUCCUGAAGAGGACCGGACACUGUUGGACAUGGAUGUUGAAGGUCAGAGCCAAGAUAGCACUGUGCCUCUAUGCAGAACUGGAUUCAGAACACACAAACCUGCAACAUAUGAACUCAGAUCAGAGUUUUGGUCCUAGCAUGAAAUUCAAAAAGGAUUAAUAAGCUCCUUUAGAUUCAGUUCUAUUUCUUGCACUAAGAAUGCACUUUGAAGACAGAUGAAGUAGAGGGAUGCUGCUGAGAUCAUGUUGCAGUGCUGUGUCAGUUACUGAUACAGUACUGGGUUACCUGAUUAUUUGUAGCUGCAUGUAGCUAAGCUACAUGGAGCUGCUGACCCUUAUGGUGGGUUUUCCUGUUGUCUUCUCUGUCUGUUCAUUACAGUGUUAAACUGAAGCAAGAAAAGUGGUGUAUCUAAGCCUCUCUUCUUGACCUACAAGAACUCAAGAUACCCUGUAUAGAUAAAAGGUUUCGUGAUAACCUCAGCUUCAGUAUUUUAAAUGCAAUGGCGGAUAAUUUGUUUACAAACAUAUGGUACAGGAAUAAAUUAUUGCUGGGGUGUGUCUGCACCA